GGCGGGGCCCUCUGCGCUGCCCGGGGGGCAAAAGGCCCCCCUGCGCGGCCCAUGGGCGCCGAGGGGCGCGCCGCGAAAGACGGCGACGCCCCUCAGGGUGCCUCCCAGAGCGCGAUGGAGAGCCGGCGGCUCCCGAAGGGAGGCGUGAACUCCAGGAGCAUCCAGCCCACGACCUUGGCGGGCUACUUGGGCGCGCUGGGCAUGCAGGCGGGCACAGUCGACGACGCCCAGCUGGUGACCUUCAGCGUCGACGCCGCCGGCGGCCUGUGCGUCGACGCCAGCGGGCUGGGCGCGGUUCUCGUGGUGCUGGCACGGGCCGUGGUGCAGCAGGAGUCCCGGCUGGAGGAGCUGGAGGCGCCCGGCGCCGGGAGAGGGAGCGAGGGCGACCCCGACGGCAACUUUGCGCCGUUUGUCGACUUCGACGACGACGAGCCCUACUUCAGAAAUUGCGGAGCAGAGUACCGCGACCCCAUAAACCACUACGAGGGGCCUGACAUCGCUAAGAGUUCCACUUACUGGGUCGAGCCGAAGGAGGUCCUAGUCUCCGGGCCCAUGAAGUUCUUCGCGAAGGACAUCCACGGCUUCACGUUCCACGUCGAGGACGACGUACGAGCGGAAGACCACAUGAUCCUCGCGGUGUUGUGGAGCGACUUCUUCAAGCAUUGCGCCGACGCCUACGAUGUCCCACUGGGCCGGAUGGGCCUCGCGCCACGGGCGAGGGCCGCCGACGUCGUGCCCUACUCCAUCCACGGCGCGCAUUGA